AUGUCGUCAACGCUCUGGCCACCAUCCACUGUCGGUAUUACGGAUGACCUUGCGGCGAGCAGGUCAAGGGCUCUUGGUAACGAGAAGCCGGAAGACAAGGGCGAUAUCAUCUACACCGAGAUUCAAGCGGAGACAAGGAAUGAACUGAACAUCAUCGGCCCAGAAACCCUGCGUGACUCAAGCCCACUUGGCAGCGGAACCAGCUUUCAGGUAGAUCGGCUUUUGUUCCUCCGACCACGAGGGCCAAAUUAUUAUGUUGCUGUCAAACGCGUGAUUACGAGGAAGAUGACCAUUGAAGACCUUCAUCAACGUCUCUCAGUUAUCAAGCGGGAGUUGCGCGUGCUGAUGCAUCAACCUCUGAGAGCCCACAGUUGUAUUAUAUCUAUUCUGGGUUAUGGACACAGCAUCGAUGCAUCGCAAAGCAUCGUUCCCUACCUUGUCAUGGGGUUUUCGGAUCAUGGAACAUUGACACAAUAUCUUCGAAGAUGCAAUAUACCUUUGAAAGAGCGGCGGGAGUUAGCGCUUGAUGUUGGCAUGGCGCUCCGUUCCCUCCACGAAUGCCAGAUAAUCCAUGGCGAUGUAAAGAUGGACAAUGUACUGGUAUUUGAUUCAACGGAUGACCUCCUAGAACGACCACAGGUGGCUAAGCUGGCCGAUUUCGGGAGUGCGCUUUUUGAGAACGAUUUUGUGGAGAGACACUACGUUUCAUACCUCGGCACAACUAAGUACAAUGCACCAGAGGUUGCCUCGCGCGACGGUCCUGGCGUAAGAAAUGUGGAGAGUUCUCCGAAUCUGUACGAACGUGCUGAUGUCUACUCGUUCGGUCUUCUGCUACUCGAAACCAUUCUUGACGGGAAAAACUUCAUCGACGCGGCUUGGCUUGAUCAAGGAGCGAAUGAUCUCACUACGAAAGAUAGAGCGACGUCAAAGAACGCGGAAUUGGAGUUUCUGGACAAGGUAACGUUGGAAGAAGAUGCAUUGCUUGGCCUUGCAAGAGGAUUCGCAUCUCGUCUGUCACCCGAUGCGGAGUCCGAUGUCAUAAAUCCGGUCACACAAGCAAUGACGCUGUGUCUCAGAGAUGAUGUGUACAAGCGUGGAACUAUGGUACAGGUCACGAAAGCCCUUGCUCGAGGUACGACUGAAAAUCGGCCAUCGUCCACUCAUACAUCAGCUCGUAUAAUCUCUCCGGUGAAUUCAACGAGCACGACAUCAUCCUUACACAAGAAGCGAAGCGGAAUCUAUCGAUUACACUCUUCACCACUAGAGACUUUACCAUCAAGCAAUUUGAGCAUACGUGUAGCUAAACCAGACGACAAAAGCGCAAUAGCUGAACGACACAUUGGAAGCUCGAAACUGCGCUCAGGACCAGUUGCAUCUUUGGUCGCAGAUCCGUCAUCACAAUACCGAACCACAGAGAUAGACAUGUUCAAAGUAAGGUAG